AUGACAAGCGUAUGUGCAUCUCCAAGUUGUGGAAAAGAUACCGAGUCCAAAUUAAAGUGCCCUGUAUGUUUAGAAAACAAUGUGAAUAGUGUUUUCUGUGAUCAAACAUGUUUCAGAACAAGCUGGUCUCAUCAUAAGGUUAUACAUAAGGGAGAUGAUGGGUCGGAAGAUUAUAACCCUUUCCCCGAUUUUGCAUAUUCUGGUAAUGUGAAACCACAUUACCCAUUAUCGCCAAGAAGAAGUAUUCCAAAACAUAUCAAAUUACCGGAUUAUGCUAAAGCUGGUAAACCAAUCAGUGAAAUUAAAAAUGAUAGAAUUGGGAAGAUUCUCGUUUAUACUCCUAAGAAUAUUGAGAAAAUCAGAAAAGUAGCUAUAUUGGCAAGAGAAAUCCUUGAUGCAGGUGCUGCUGCUGUUAAACCAGGAAUAACUACUGAUGAAAUUGAUGCUAUUGUUCAUAAGGAAUGUUUGAAGAGAAACUGUUAUCCGUCUACAUUAAAUUAUUAUAACUUUCCAAAAUCAGUGUGUACAUCUGUAAAUGAAGUUGUAUGUCAUGGUAUCCCUGAUAAAAGACCAUUAGAAGAUGGCGAUAUUGUAAAUAUCGACGUCAGUAUUUUUUACUUAGGAUUUCAUGCAGAUUUGAAUGAAACUUACUAUGUGGGGGAUAAAGCAAAGGCUAAUCCAGACAUCGUUAGAUUAGUUGAAACUACAAGAGAAUCUUUAGAUUUGGCUAUUAAAGCAGUUAAACCAGGUAUUGCUUUUAGAGAACUAGGUAAUAUCAUUGAAAAGCAUGCCACGGAAAAUGGAGUAUCUGUUGUAAAGACUUAUUGUGGACAUGGUACUGGUGAAUUUUUCCAUUGCCAACCAUUUUUUCCUCAUUAUGCAAGAAACAAAUCUGUUGGUAUAGCUAAGCCAGGUAUGGUUUUCACUAUAGAACCUAUGUUAAACUUAGGAUCUUAUAAAGAUAUGAAUUGGCCUGAUAAUUGGACAGCUACUACUCAAGAUGGUAAGUUUUCUGCUCAAUUUGAACAUAUGCUUUUAGUAACUGAAACUGGUGUGGAAGUAUUAAGUGCCAGAACUGAAACUUCUCCUGGUGGUCCAGUAGAUAGAAUAUAA